AACUAUGAUAAAUAUGUGCAAGUUUGUUUGUAUUGUUGGUAGUUGGAGGUCUCGUUUUCUGUCCAUGUUUCGUGUCCAUCCUCAUCUGAGUCUGACUCAUCAGAGAUAGUAUGAAUAAUGACAGAUAAGAUUGCUUGGAGCAUGGCUUAAUGAAAGCUCAUUUAUUAGCAUGACUGUCAAAGAACAAUUUACUGCAACCAUGAGUAAUAAUCAGUUUCAGAAUCCUGAGAAUAAACCUGUUGAAGAACUGAAGUUAAAAUAUAGAACAAGUGACAGCUCAUAUGAAGAAUUAAUACCAGCUUUGGAUGAAAGGUGGUGUAAUAAGGACUUUGUGUACACGUUGUACAAGCCUCCUCCGUGCAAAAAUAGUGAUGGAGAGUACACUUUAGGGUCGAAAGAGGAUUGGCUGGAGCGGAUGAGUCUACUCUGUGAUGACAUGAUCACUCUUCUGCAGUUAAAAUACCACAGAUUUUGGUCAGAAGCAAUCUACAACAGCCACUCUUUGGAUGGAUUAAGUUCAUUUUUACAAAAUGCUCCUCCUUUUUAUCUCAGGGACCAAAUCCCACAAGAUAGAGAUAUAUUAAAAGCUCUAAAAAAAGUUCAAGAGCUGAUGUUUCUAGUAUUAAUGCGCUUGACAAAAACCAAGGAAUCCGAGAUGGCAUGGAUGAAGAAAACCACACUGGGUAGUAUACUAUAUAACAAUUUUAUUAUUUCUUUGCCACAAUUGAUGGAAGUAAGCGUAAUCUAUGCCAGCGAUAACUUCAAGGAUGUUACAGAACUUAUUGAUAGAGUUUUUGAAGCUCAACCAAAGUACAUGAAUGACUUAGAAAAAUCUGUUCCUUUUAUAUGUGAGGUAAUGGACAAGAGUGUUCAAUAUAAUCCCAAGACCAAGGAUUAUAGUUUGGAGUAUUUUCAAGAUUUGAAAACCCAUUUAAUAUCAGCUGAUAUGAAUGAAGAACCUGCUCAGCUGAAACUGAUAUACUUGGUGUUAGACAUUAGCUGUUCUUUGGCCACGUUCUUAGAAGUUUGCCCUCAAGCAGGCAUUGUGUUUCAUGAACAACAGUUAGAACACAGAAUAGCAAGCUUUUACGAGAACACCGUACCAGUAUUAAAUAGACACUUGGAAUCACUUUAUAACAAAGGAAAUAUGAGUGAGCAGUACAAAAAUCAUCAGCUGAAGGUUAACCUGAGCCGGCAUAACCUUAUAUCGGCCGUCCAUAGAUGCCUGACCACCUGUCUGUCAUCUAUACUUGAAGAGAGAGGUAAUCUGACUGACCAGGAAUUGAAGCUUAAAGUGGAUGGUUAUUUGAACACCAUCUCUGAGUGUCUCGUUGAGCACUCAUUCAUCCGAGACUACAACAGAGCAUUUCCGAUCCAGAGGGAGUUAAACCACAUUGUCUGAUAUCUAUCCUGAAAUGUAUCCUUUUGGUUUAUAAUAUUACU